AUGAUGAAGGCGUCGUUCAAAACUAGGUAUGACUUGGACAAACCCACCGCCGCUGCCACCGUGGCAGUCAACGCCGGCGACUUCAAGCUCCGCGCCUCCAUGACCGACGCCACCGUCGCUUCCGGCCCCAGCUUGAACGGCCUAGCCUUAGGCAUCGAGAAACCUGGUUUCUUCAUGGUCGACUACAACGUCCCCAAAAAGGAUUUUAGGUUUCAGUUCAUGAAUACUGUUAAAGUGGCAGAGAAACCGUUGAAAUUGACCUACAUUCACAGUAAAGGCGAUGAACGGACAAUAUUGGAUGGGACACUGGUGAUUGAUUCUGCAAACAAGGUUUCUGCUAAUCACGUACUUGGUACCGGCAAUACGAAGUUGAAGUACAGUUAUUCACAUGGAGGGCUGACGACAUUCGAGCCGAGCUAUGAUUUGGGGAAGAAUACAUGGGAUUUUGCAGUUUCGCACAAGGUAAACAUGUUUGAGACCAAUAACAUGCUCCGUGCUACCUAUCAGACAUCUAGCAAGAAUUUGGGGCUCGAGUGGUUUCAGAAUUUAAAGGAUAAUGGUACUUUCAAGGUUACAACAUCCGUCAAUUUGGCAGACGAGCGAAAAAUACCAAAAUUAUGUGCCGAGUCUACCUGGGAAUUUGAAAUGCUGACGCUGCAUUGCGCCAGGCGCACGCACGCGUCCAGUCAGUCACCAGUGCGCGCCCAGUUGCCGCAGGACGUGCCAAUCAUGCCCAGUGGCACGCUCGCACGCCAUAGCGCGCACAACUGUGCCAGGGACCGCCCAGCUGCAGUCCGCACGGCUAGCCAGCCAGAGCGGUUUCUGACCCGCGAUAAUUCGGUCUACAGGCAUGCGAGAAUUACACCAGUAGACCUUGACGGUAAAUAUCCUCAAUUUGGUGACCCUGAAUUCCGGCGAAGGGCUGAUGGGGUUGAAGACGGUCGCAGAUGGCAACAAAAUGGUCAGCGUGAUGCCUUAGGCCACGACGGUCUCCGAGGCGGAGAUGCAUCCACAAAGUCCUCGAGUUGA